AUGUCGCGGGUCGAAGAAGGGCGGUGGAAGGAUGCGGAGGAGGGUGAGGGAAGAGGAUGUUGGCAAGGGAAGGGCGGCUGUCGGUGGGACGACCGAGGGACGAUCUCCAAUGGCAACCCAAAGCGCGAAGAAGAAAGAUACAGUUUGAAAGGGCAAGGGAGAAAGGAGAAGAGCAGCUUGCAACAGGGUCCAAGGAUAAGUGGUAUCGCCAAAAUCAUGGUAGAAUUGCGGAUGGGAAGGGGGGACGAGGGUGUGAGAUCGGAAUGUCGGAUUGGGGAUGACGGAGGUCGAAAAUGA